CGUUAUUGACUCGGAAGUAGUUUUACUCAGCUGAGACUCCUCGCUUUGGAUGUUUUCUCAUACUCUUCGCACCGUCCUGACCUUCUGCCCUGAAUGUGUGGUGGUCCCGUUCCGUUAGCAUGGGAGCGCUAUACUAGUGUCAGCACUGUGCGCCAGCUCCUGAUGUGAUACCUCCUAGCUGCAGCUCCACCAUGACCACAAAAUCGUGUGUAUCUCUGCUCCAGCUCUCCAGACUGGGGCUCAGACUUUGCACAUCCAACUGCAGAGCCACAAGCUUGGGUUUAACAACAGUGACUUCCACUUCGUCUUUCUUUUACCUCACCCUAUUCACCUGUGUCCUGCAGACGCUAUUACUGCAGCAAUGUCAGGAUGCGCUCCUAUCUUCAGUACCUAAAACACAAGAUUAUAUCCCCUCCCAGUCCCCCAUAUACUCAUGUGUGCCAGGUAGGGGACCCAGUGCUACGUUCACAUGCCGCUGCUGUUGACCCUGCAGCUAUAACAGGCCCUGAGAUCCAAAAGGUCAUCAACACCAUGGUGAAAGUGAUGCGGAAACUAAAUUGUGUGGGACUGAGUGCACCUCAGAUUGGAGUGCCACUGCGCAUCAUGGUCCUGGAAUAUCCUGAGAGCAUGCUGGCAGACAGUUCGACUGCAUCGAGGGAGGCCCGUGGUAUCUCCGUCCAGCCCCUGAGGAUCUUUGUCAACCCCCAAAUGAGGGUUCUGGAUGGACAGACUGUGCUCUUUCAGGAAGCCUGUGAGAGCAUCUCAGGCUUCUCUGCCACAGUCCCUCGCUACCUGUCUGUGGAAGUAUCUGGUCUGAAUGAAAAGUGUGAAGCUGUCACAUGGCAGGCCAGUGGCUGGCCAGCUCGUAUCGUCCAACAUGAGAUGGACCACCUGAAUGGGGUCCUCUACAUUGACCGCAUGGACAGCAAGACCUUCAUCAACAUCAACUGGCAGAUACACAAUGAAUAGAAAACAGACAAAUGCCCAGGACAGCCUACACUGUGUCAUGAAAGCUUUAACAUUUACUGUUCUGAGCACACACUGUCUGAUUAAACUUAAUAAUAGACUGAGUGAAUCAUGUCUGCCACCACCACAAUGAAUAAAUACCACUAUGGUACACUCUUUAAA